AUGAUAUGCACAGAUAACCAACCUGUUAGUAUAGUAGAAAAUCCUGGUUUCAAAAGGUUACUACAGUUUUUAGAGCCAAGAUAUACAAUACCAAGCAGAAAAUACUUCUCGACUAUUGAAAUUCCUAACAUUUAUCAGAAGGUAUUAAGUAAAAUUCGUUUCUUGGCAGAGAAAGCUGAUUAUGUUAGUAUAACUACCGACAUGUGGAGCUCCACAGCCAAUGUUGAUUACAUGAGCUUAACAGCACAUUUUCUCACAGAAGAUAUGAAACAAAUUCAUAUUUGUCUUGACGUGGUAACUUUUCCUUACGAGUCCCACACUGCAGACAAUCUUGUUAAAUUUAUUAAUGAAUCACUUGAGCGUUGGGGACUACUUGAAAAACUUAAUGUAGUAGUAAGAGAUAAUGCCAGAAAUUUUGUCUCUGCUAUGGAAGUAGGGAAGUUUUCAAGCAUUCCUUGUCUUGCUCAUACACUUCAGUUGGUUGUCAAAGAUGGCUGUCUUGAUAAUGAACACAUUUCUUUACUAACUGCUACAUGUAGAAGAAUAGUAGGACACUUUAAACAUUCGGUUAAAUCUUACAAACUUUUGAGACAAUCUCAUGAGAUAUUAGGACUUCCUAAACAUAGCAUUAUUCAAGAUGAGCCAACUAGAUGGAAUAGCGCCUUCCACAUGCUAAACCGUUUAAUUGAACAAAAAGAUGCGAUUCUGUUGGUAACGCCACAUUUCCCAAAAGCUGCUCGAAAAAACAAAGAAAUGUCAACCGAAGAAUGGAACAGUUUGGUUUCUCUCGUUGCUGCUUUAAAAGUUUUUGAAGACGUCACAAGUUUUUGA